UAAAACGGUUCCAAACGCCUCGUGUCGCAUAGCACACUUACACGAUGGCCUUUUCAGGUGCAACUCUGAUUCGCAACAUUCACAAGUCGGCGGCAUUUCGCUCUGCUGGGUCCGCCAUUUUAUUUAAAAAAUCUAUAACCCCAGCUCGAAGUGGAAGCAGCGGAGGUCAGUUGCAAUUUGGAAUUCAGUUUGUUCGCGAAUAUUCAAAAGGAUCGAAAAUGAGUACUUUACCCAGAGUAUUCUUCGACAUGACCGCCGACAACCAGCCGGUUGGUAGGAUAAUUAUGGAGCUGCGCUCUGAUGUUGUGCCGAAGACGGCGGAGAAUUUCCGUGCUCUGUGCACCGGCGAGAAGGGCUUCGGCUUUAAGGGCUCCAGUUUCCAUCGCGUCAUUCCAAACUUCAUGUGCCAGGGCGGCGAUUUCACCAACCACAACGGCACUGGCGGCAAGUCGAUCUACGGCAACAAGUUCCCCGAUGAGAAUUUCACCCUUAAGCACACUGGCUCCGGCAUCCUGUCGAUGGCCAAUGCUGGCCCCAACACCAACGGAUCGCAAUUCUUCAUUUGCACCGUGAAGACCACCUGGUUGGACAACAAGCACGUUGUCUUUGGCGAAGUUGUUGAGGGCUUGGAUGUUGUCAAGCAGAUCGAGUCUUACGGUUCCCAGUCGGGCAAGACCACAAAGAAGAUUGUGGUCGCUGAUUGCGGAGCACUUUAAGAUAGCUGAACUCAACUCCUUCUCUGGUUAAGACGAAUCAAAAAUACCCGUUCGCAUUUUCUCAGACAAAAUCUAUAUACUUUUUUUUUUUUUUACCAAUAACUGUAAUAAUAUGAAAUACAAUACAUAUUUUCAAUAGACAUUCUUAUCUUAUGUUAUCGAUACUACUCUGUACUCUAUACUCUCUCUACUCUCCCCUCCGUAAUCACAAUGCGCAACUUUACGGAUUUGUUUCCAAUGCAAUGCAACAUGGAGGAAUCCCAGUAGUACCUUAAGAGUAUGAAUGUAAUUAACUACUACACCGACUCUGUUAACAAGAUUCUAAAAACACACUGAAUAAGAACAAGAAGAAGAAGAAGGGGAGGAAGAAUGAAAGAAGAAAGUUAAAGAAAAGCAAUCGAAUCCAAUCCAAUCCGCAUGUGCUAAUUUUCGUCUCUAUCUGUGUAAUCUGUAAGAGAGGAGAGAGAUUGCUCCGUCGUCGUCAGUCGGUGCAAGAAACCAAACCAAACCAAACAAAAAGUGAUUGAUUCAAGCAUUUUUUAAUUGUGAGAGUAAUCCUAAGUGUUUGUUCACCUCCUGUGCGCUCCUAAGCUCAACUAGCGCAAACUUGUUGUAUUUUUCAUGCAUUUACACACAAACACCACACACGCAGUGCUUUUAUUACUUGGCAAGCCCCAACAAUAUAGAAUAUAACCCCUAAUCUAUAUCUAACCUAAGUAGGUACGUGCGUGACGACUAUUCGAAACUUGCGUUACAACAAUUGCCCAAAUUGCUUAACACGUAGUCUAACCAAUUGUAAAACCAGUUAACUAAUCUUUAGCAACAUUGCCGAUAACAAGAUGUUUUUCAUCCAUUUUUUUACCAACAGUUUCAUAAUUUCGUCUUAAUAAACUGAAAUUAGAAAAAACA